AUGGUGACAGGAUACAAUCAUGGGGACCACAGGAUGUCAACUCUCGGUCAGCGCAAGGUCGGUCUUCUCUAUGACUACGGUCAUGGCGUCCCUCAGAACCAUAGGACUGCCAUGCACUGGCACUUCAAGGCAGCCGAUCAAGGAGACGCAUUACGCCCAAUGCAAUAUCGGUUUUCUUACGAGAGUGGUGACGGGUUGACUCAAGACUUAUAUCAGGGCGAUGGAAUGCUGGACAAUGAAAUGCAUGCUCACAGUUCAACAUCGGUGCCCUGUAUGAUCUCGGUCACGGUGUUCCUCAGAACUUUCUACCGAGCCAUGGACUGGUAUCUUCAGGACUCUAACCAGAGAGGUCCAGACACACAGGUCAGCAUCGAAAGUUUGUGUGGGUAUGGUCUGGGUGUCGCUCAGGAUUUUACUCAAGCGAUGCACUGGUAUCUCAAGGCGGCCGAGAAUGGAAAUGCAGACGCCCAAUGCAAUGUUGGCAAGCUGCAUUAUGAAGGUGUGGUCGGUGUGGACGGUGUGGACCUGGGCUAUGCGCAAGCAAUGGAGAGGUAUAUGAAGGCUGCAACGCAGGGCUCUGCGCGUGCUCAGUGCAAUGUCGGCAGCAUGUAUGCACUUGAUCUAAGAGCACCUCAGGAUCAUCAAAAGGCUAUGGAGAAGUACCAAAAGGCGGCGGAUCAGGGAUAUGCAGAAGCAAUGAAGAAUGUUGAAGCUAUGAGUGCAGACGACUAUGGCGUCGAGCAGAGCAAUUGGGAAAUAAGCAGACGAAGAUAA